AUGGGCAGCAAAUUCAACGAUGAUUCUAUUGGUUCGUUGCUGUUUUUUACCCAUGUGGGCGGCGCCACGAGCGGAGCAGCCGCACCCGCCGCAACCGGGCCAACCGCAAGCGGAGCACCCCCAAGUGCUGGGGGAGCGAUGACCCCUGAGGAACAGUCAAAGCAGGAAGCAGACGAAACCGCGAAAGCUGCGCAAGCGAAGGCCCUGGCCGAGAAGCAAGCUGCGGAGGCAGGUUCGCGGCUGGCGCGGUGCGCCCAACGCGACCGCUGCAGCCGUGUCUUGCAGACUUUGCACAAGCAUCAGAGGCAGCAGACAUGGCACGAAGGCUGGUGGUGCAACGAUAACCGGAGCUGCGAACGAAACCGGACCGGGCGCGACGAUGGCAGGGAAGUGCUGGACCUGGAAUCCUUCCUACGCCUCUUCAGCAAGCUGUUAGUCGGAAUCCCUUUCGCCCACUCACCGCUCCUCCUCCAGUACCUCAAGGCCUUCAGCAAGUUACAAAUGGAACAAGCUUCGCCGCCUGAGUGGCAGAGCAUCCAUGGAAGUCCAUCGGAGGGCACCCCUCUCAUGAGCCCUGAGGUUGGUCAAGCGAUGCAAACCUGGACAGAGAGGAGAACCCUUCUGACUCCCGGGCCGAGAAUGUUUCAACAGGGAGCUUCUCGUGACGACAGCUCAAGUGGAAGUAUUCCCCAGGAGGUCAUCAUGGAUGAAGUUCGACGGCAAGUACAAAUGGCCUUGCAAACUCGUGAUGAGGAGAUGAGGCUUUUGCGCGGCGAAAAUCAGGACUUGAGAGAAGCACUACGAAUCAUGCUGGAGACGGACAAAGGCGGUGGCGGACGACGAGAUCAGGAUGAGGUACCUCAACAGGCUCCUUCAGGACUUCGAGGCCAUGAUAAGGAACCUCGGGGAAUUCCUGGCGGCAGAGGUCCUGGUGAUGAACAAUCUCGAGAGAAUCGUUCGUCGGCCUUGGGAAGUUCUGGUGUUCCUGAUGCAGUGCCCGGUGAUCGGUCCUUGCCACGAGAGGUGCGACUGACUGAGGGGCAAGAGCAUGAAGCUCAUUCUGGAGGUGGAGGCAACCCUAUCGGGUCGGGCCAGAACAACGGACCGGCAGGAACUGGUGGUGGGCCUUCGGCUGAUGGAGUGGGACAGGACCCAGACCUUACUGAGUCCACAGACGCCAAGCUCUUGGUGCAGGGUAUGAGACAGCUGCAACAAGUGUACAUGCAGAAGAAGGAGGCCCCGGAGCAGGAAGCCAUCAAGGGUGGGGUCGAUCUUCAACCUAUGCCACCCGUGACGGGUGACUCGGCAGUGGAAUUUGCAGAUUGGUUGUAUAUGACUGAGCAGACGGUUGGGGGCUUGACAGACUUGGCGUCUACGUGGUUUGGAGCGACUUUGAAAUGUGCUCGUGAGGCCUACGACAAGUACCAGAUUGCAAGUCCGUUGGAAAGGCUCACCAUCAAGCCGAAUCUGCCGAGUGAGCUGAGUGAAGCAAGAUGGAAGCGCUUGGAGCGUCGUGUCCUGACAUUGCUUCUCAACGCCAUGAAUGCGACAGCGAAGGAGGACUGUGUGACUCAUCGUGUCACGAAUCCUGCCGAGGCCCUCUACAGACUACACAUACUGUAUCAGCCAGGUGGCUCUUCAGAACGGGCUGCCAUUCUUCGACAACUUGAGGGCUCAAGUGCUGGCGAGGAUCCGAAUGAGGCGGUGAUGCAGCUUCGCAAGUGGAGGAGGUACCUGGAAAGAGCUGAAGAGUGCAACAUUCGGGCGCCAGACUCCAGCGUGUUGGCUCGUGCUGUAGACACCAUCUCGCAGAAGGCCAUUGAAAAGUUUCCGGAGGUGAAGUUCAGGAUCUCCUUGGUGAAAAAUGAGUUACAAAUUCAGUCAAGACCAAGCCAGGCCACGGUGAUGAAGUACGUUGACCACGUUAUGGCUGAGCUUCAACAUGCAUCUCCGGCCAGAAAGGCGACACAGUCCAACGCGGAUCAGCCAAAGUUGAGGGCAGUGGGAAAUCAACAGACUGGAACCGGGGAACCAACUCCAUCUUCUUCUUCGCCUUCCUCUAAGACUGGUAAGAAUGGUGGAAAGGCUCCCUGCAAAUUCUUUCUUUCGGAAGCCGGCUGCCGACGAGGUCCUGCCUGCCAAUUUCAACAUGAGUUUCCCACAAAGGAUGAGAAAAAAUCUCGUUGUUGGCAUUGCGGUUCCCGAGCCCAUCGACAAGGAGAAUGUCCGGUGAAGGAGGCUACAAAAAAUGGUGGCAAGUCCCAGCGGGCUCCUACUCCGAAGGCGGCAGCUAUGCAGCCUGCUCCCUCCUUGCAGUCUGAAUCUCAAGCAUCAGGGUCGCAGCCUCAAGCAUCUGUGCCCGCUUCGUCCUCUAUGUCUUCGUCUUUGGACUCUCAGCAGGAUGCAGCUAGCACUUCGUCUGAUGGGACAGCAAGGGACCCUGAAAUCAAGGCAUUGCUGCAGGAAGCGAAUGCCAUGUUGAAAAAGCUUGGGAAUUUGCAGGCCCUGAGGACAGUUGAGGAGAGUGCAGAAAUGAUGACGGCUUUGAGGGCAAUUUUAGACCCCAACGAGAACCUCGCUCUGCUUGAUUCCGGCGCCACUCAUAUCUUCAGGGAAGGAACGGAGCUUGAGAGAGCCACUGCUGAAGAAGUACACGUACAGUUGGCCGACGGAAGGAUUGUAGCCCUCAAACAGAAUCGUGCUGGUACUCUGAUGCCUGCAACCCCGCAGGAAGGCGCUAUCAGGCCUACCUCGAUCAUCCCGUUGGGCGAGCUCGUAGAAUCCCUGGGAUGUACCUUGCAUUGGACUCGAAAAAGGGGCUUGGUCGUGGAACACCCGGAGCAUGGGGUGUUGAGAACGCAUGUAGCAGGCAGCUGUCCGAUGUUGGGAGAAGCGCAAGCCUUGAACAUCAUUCAGGAGUUGGAAGAGCAAAAGCUGCAGAGGCUUCAUGACAACGUGCAAGAAGGUCACCUUAGAGCCCUGGAGCAUAUCUUGAACAAGGAGUUUGGCGACUACCUGAAUGAGUAUGUUCUUUCGGGAGAUCGAAGAGUGGGUUUGCAGGCCUUGAUGGACGAGUCUUCGCCUUUUGGAGUUCUCACAGAAGCCCAGCGCUGCAUGUUGAUCCAGGAUUUGGAUUUGAGUGAUAAGGCUGGGCAGACCUAUGUGAAAUCGUUGCCGGUCAAGAGAGCCAUGCGAAGGAAACUUCUUCAGAACCCAUGGAUAGUGCAUUUGUUUUCCGGAAGGACGGUGCACAAUGAGUUCAAGGUCUUGGAGGAAGCCGGCAAUGUGAUCCUUGAAGUGGACAUCGGCAAAAGCAAGGCCUGGGAUUUGAAAGACUGGAGCCCCGCGUAUCGUGCACUUCUCUGGGCGGCCAUGAAAGGAAAAAUUAAGGGAAUCUUUGGCGAGCCGCCUCGUGCAGCUGAUGGACAGCUGGCAAUGAAGCAGCUUUUUCUGUGGACAGUCGCCCGCCAAGCUUCGGUCAUGUCGGAGGCCAAUAUCCCCUUCUUCGUCCUUGAGGGCAACAUCGAUGGAGGUUUCUGGACAUCCACGGUUUGGGAGACCUUUCAGGCAAAAAACCGGAUGUUUGUGGUGGAAAGCGAUGAUGGUUGCCGAUGUGCUACCACGUUGUCAAUAGAUCCUCCGUCUGAGUGGAAGGUUCGAAGCGAUGGACACACAACUUGGACCAUGAAGUUCAAGAAUGCCCUGGUGAAGGGAAUGUUGUUCUGGAAAAAGGGAGCAUGUGUCAGAAGGCUGGAUGGUCCGCUGGAAGGGAUGACCAGGGCUGAGCUUGAAGGGUGGGCUCGACACGUCAGGAACAACCACAUUCCCUACAACAAAAGGUGCCAAACAUGUGUAGCUACGAGAGGAACAGGGCGGCGACAUUUAAGAGUCGUCACCCCCUCCUGCUAUACCCUUUCUAUCGAUGUUGCUGGGCCGUUCAGGGCGCUUGGAGAGUCUAGUGAAUACCGUGACUACAAGUACAUGCUUACCGGUGCUUACGUUGGCCCUAUUCUCGAGGGGUCAAGGCAGCCUCCGGAGGAUGUCAUCGACAAUGAUGAGGGUGCGGGCGUUGGUGCGCUUGAAGAACCUCAACCUUUUCAGCCUCCUCUUUCCCCAGCAGAAGUCCCAGAAGAAGAACCCCAGGGUGAACAAGAUGGUGGUGAAGCUGAUGACGAGUACGAGGCUCUCUUAGAUGAGCAGGAAGUUGAGGAGGAGCCCGUAUCUCAAGAAGACAAGGAUAAGAUGGCUGAGAUCAAUGAAAAAUAUAAGGAGGUCGUGAAGGAGGUGGGCGACAACAUCCGUUAUCAUGUGAUUCGCUUUGCUGUGCCGAUGAGAUCUCGAAGAACAGCAGAGGUGAAUGCUUGCGUGCGAAAGAUGCUCCUCCAAGUCGAAGCCGAAGGAUUACCGGUUUUUCGAUGUCACUCAGAUCGGGCACGCGAGCUGUGCAAUGGAAGUCUUCGAGCUUGGUUCGUUGAGAGAGGAAUUCUUCCAACGACUGGUGAGCCUCAAAGCCCACAACAGAACGGUAGAGCCGAGGCGACCGUUAAGAUGGUUAAGUCCCAUGCCAAGACCCUCCUGCGUUCGAGCAGAUUGCCGCCUUCAGGGUGGCCACUUGCAAUGGCAUACGCCGUUUACAAGCAGCGAGAGGAAGCUCUGGGCCGGAAGGGGCCUAUUCCUUUUGGAACUCCAGUGCAUGUGAGGACCAAGGUUUAUGGAACUGGAGGAAAAUAUGAUCUCGACCCACGUUGGCGUCAAGGACUCUAUGUUGGCCCUUCUCCCGAUGUUCGUGGUGGUCAUUUGGUUAGGUUCGAGGACGGUUCCUAUGUCACAAGCAUGCACUUAAGAGCAAGCUUAGUUCCCGCCGAUGAUCUGGUCGAGAUACCUUCUCAUGAGAUGGACCUGCCCAUGCCGGAGAGACGAGUGAGAGGGAAGACCUCGUUGUCGUUGCUGUUGGCGUCGCUUUCGAGGCCCUUGAGCGCGUCGGAGGUGGAAGCGGAAGCGUUUGCCAGGAAAAUGUUUCGUGAAAAGAAAUGGACUGUGGAAGUUCUGUUGGAGCUGAGCAAGUUACUGGGAACCACAAAGCUUGAGGCCCACGGCAGUAGAGCUGUCCAACAAGAGAAUCAGUUGUCGUGGUUGACUGGUGUUUUCGUGCAUGGUGGAGUGGCCGGGAUUCGCAACACAACGAAGAGAAUGAAGUGGACAACAAAGUAUUUGGUCAAGGCGACAAAGGAGAUCACUGGUCAAAGAGAGUUCACUGCUUUGGGACUUAUUCGAAAUACGUCGUUUGGAUGUCAUCGUGAUGUUCACAACGAAGCGGACUCCCGGAAUGUUCUCCUACCUCUGCUUGUCCCUGAGAACGGUGGUGGUCUUUGGAUAGAAGAUGAAGAUGUUCCUGAAGAAGGGGCGGUUUUCAGAACACCACCUGGAGCGAAAUCUCCUAAACGAGGCAAGGUGCAGGAGCUGGAAAAGGGGAAGCCGAUUGUUUUUUCUGGACGAAAAUGGCAUGAAGUACAAGAAUGGGAGGGUGAUCGUGUGGUUUUGAUUGCUUUCACACCGAGAGCGACCAAGCUUUAUGAAGAAGAUCGAAGGCGUAUAAAGGAGCUGGGGUUCACUUUACCGAAAAGAAGAGAGCUUCGGAAGGUGAAUGCCAACCAGUUCCAGUAUGCCUCAGGUGACAUCCCGAAGAAUGCCGACCAGUUCCAGUAUGCCUCAGGUGACAUCCCGAAGAAUGCCGACCAGUUCCAGUAUGCCUCAGGUGACAUCCCGAAGAAUGCCGACCAGUUCCAGUAUGCCUCAGGUGACAUCCCGAAGAAUGCCGACCAGUUCCAGUAUGCCUCAGGUGACAUCCCGAAGAAUGCCGACCAGUUCCAGUAUGCCUCAGGUGACAUCCCGAAGAAUGCCGACCAGUUCCAGUAUGUGGACGAGAAACUGGGCGAGGCGUUGGAGAGAAUUGGGGAUGAGCAAGAGCUCCUCCUUGACGAUUUGGAAGAACGUCAAGGGCGACUCCGGGAACUACUGGAACAAGAAGAAGUGCUAGCGGAAGAAUGUCAACGAGCUGGCAAGCAAAUUUCUGAAGAGAUCCAACAUGUUCAGCAAAUGAUUUACGAGAUGAUGGAGUCCGUUGGCAGGAACGAGGCAAAGGACACUGCGAAUACGUUGGCGAAGUGCUUGCAAGCCCGGAGAUUGUGCAUGAUGCAAACGACAAAUGAACAAGAUUAUGAGGCCCUUGUUGCGAACCUGCAAGAAGAUUUAAAGGUGGUCCAUACUGUCCCUCUGGAACAGGUGAAGCCAGUGAUACAUCGAUGGUGGCAAGCAAUCCAAAAGGAGCUGGACACCCUUUUCGCUGGUACCUUGCAGAAAAUUCCGUUGUCCCGAGCACGGGAACUUGAACGCUCUGAAGGCCUGAGGAUAGUGCCAUCAAAAGGUGUGUUUACGCUGAAACCUCCGGGCUCUGGAACAAAAAAUGAGAGGGUGAGAAGGAAAUUUCGGCUUGUACUGUGCGGGAACUUCGUGGCUAGAGGGGAAGAUGAUGCUGAGCUAUACGCUGGAGGAGCAUCGGCCGAGACACUUCGAACCUCGCUGGCUUUUGCGGCUCUUCGCCGUUGGCUGGCGGCCAGCACCGAUAUUGUGUCGGCUUUUCUGUUGGCCCUCUGGCCGGACGAUAUGCCGAAGUAUGCCAUCUUGCCACCCAAGUACCUUGUCAACCCUGAGGAGGAGCCACAGGCCGACCCUGAGCUUUGGCUCAUCUUCGCCAACGACAAUGACCUGGACCUGCUGGGACUGAUCAUCACGUAUGUGGAUGAUCUGCUGUAUCUCUCGGAGGAGGAGAUUAUUCGUGCAAUCCACGUCUGGCUGGAAGAAGAGUGGCCAACCAGUGGCUUACAGAUUGCAAAUCAGGGUGAAGGAGUUCGGUACCUUGGAAUGGAAAUCAAGCAAGAUGAAAACUGCGUUUUCCACCUCGCACAGUCGGCUUAUAUCCGAGAUCUCCUUCGUUCCCACUCCAUGGAUGAUGCCGUUGAAAGCAAGCUCCCAUGUCCGAAGGAGUGGCUAGCAGAUGAAGAGCUGGACGAACAGGAGAACUUUUCGGAACUGGAGUUGAAGAUGGCUCAAAAAAUCGUCAGAGAACAGCUGUGGUUGUGUAUGAGAACGCGUCCGGAUCUCCUUUUCCCGGUGAACUACAUGGCGUCAAGAGUGAGCAAACAGCCGAACAAGGUGAAGCAGAUCGGCGGAAGAAUCAUGAGCUACUUGAAGGCUACUGAGAAGAUGGAACUGGUCAUUGGAAGACAUGAGCCAAGUACCAGCACCAGCAGUACAGCAGCAGCAGAGCCAGCAGACACCACAAGCAAGCGUGCGUGUGCAAGUAUUCCCUGCCUAACUGCCUUUUCUGACGCCAGCUUCGCCCCGUAUGGAUCCAGAUCGUUUGGGGCCUGCGUAGUUACAGUCAAUGGGGCACCAGUUGCUUGGAAAGCCAGCAAACAGGCUUUCAUCGUACUAUCCGUGAUGGAGGCAGAGUUGUACGAAGCCACACAAGCCACAGUGUUACUUGAAAGCAUCGGGUGUCUCCUUGAUGAGCUAUCUGGAACAAGGUUGAGGCGGAUCCUACGGGUAGACAAUACCUCUGCCCUGGCCAUGCUGGCCGGCGGACAGGGUUCCUGGAGGACCAGACAUUUGAAGGUCCGAAGUGCACAUGUUCGUCAACAAGUUGAACUUGGGCUUCUGGAAGUGGAACACGUUGACGGUUGUCGUCAACUUGCGGAUUUGGCCACCAAGAUGCAUAGCAAGGCAAGGCUUUGGGACUUGCUACAACAAUGGUGCUUCGUCAACCUACCUGCUGAAGCUGUGCAGUUGGUGGGACUCCGAAAGCUGGCAGUAGCAUGUGUCGUUCUGGCCAUGCUCAUCAUCCCUGCGGGUGCGUCGAGUCCUUCGAGUGGGCGUGAUGACAGUACUGCUGAACCGAUGGAAGCUACGACAACUGGAAGAAGUAUCAAGGUGACUGGAGCGGAUGAACUGUUCCUGUUGACAAUCGUGGUGUGUGUUGCUACAGUUGGUUUUUGGGAAGGCUUGAAACAUGGCGCCAAGUGGUUUUGGGGACUGUGUCGGGAGAGCCCGAAGAACCGACGACUACGAAAGCUACGUGAAGCGGCCCGAGCAGCAGCCGAAGUGGAGCUGGACAGGACGUUGGAGACUGAUGAUUCCCUACGUCAAUCAAGCUCUCCGCGUGAAGUUCGAGCACGUGUGUUGGAGACUGCGUCCAGAACUCCCAUUCCACCACCUCCAGUUGUUGAGCCGGCGUAUCCACCGGUUCCUCCUAUCCCAGAAGUUCCACGGGGAGCAACCUCAAGCUCCAGUCCUUGGGAGCUCAGGGCACCAGAGGUGUCCUAUGUGCAAUACCCGACAAACCAGUUUUGGAAAACUGGGUCAGCUUCUUCAAAGAUUCACACGUGCGCCCAACGCGACCGCUGCAGCCGUGUCUUGCAGACUUUGCACAAGCAUCAGAGGCCAUGGCCCAGAAAGCAGCUGAAGAAGCGCAAGCUGCCGAAGAAGCAAGAGCUGCCGAAGAAGCAAAAGCUGCCAAAGAAGCAAGAGCUGCCGAAGAAGCAAAAGCUGCCGAAGAAGCCAAGGCGCAAGCAGCAGCUGCAGCGGUGGCUUCAGAUCCUGCUCAGGUCAGCGAUUUGCCAGCGCGCCCUUGUCAUCCCUCUGUCCUCUUUUCACCAAAAGAAGUACCAGCAGGACCAGAAGCUGUCCUCCCGGGUGUGUCAUAGCAUGGGCCAGUUCGUAGGGGCAAGCAGAGCAACGCUGAAGAUCCAAGCGUAUGCCCUCCUCCCCCCUCCCUCCCCCGCGUUCAUGGUGACCCGCUGUGCCGCUUCAUCUGGUGCAAGGUACUGUAGGCUCCGUGGGAUUCGGGAUCUUGGCAGCGUGGGCAAAGCCUUGGGCGAGGAGCUUGGCAUGACCAGCAAAGUCCAGAAAGCCUCCGUGGAGAAGGGACUCGUCCAUGAUGAGGCCGAGCUGGUUUGGGCACCCGUAGGUGGCUUCGUUCCCAAGGCGGGACAAGCGCGAGCUCGCUGGCGGCGAUACGUGGGCUCCGCAACAGUUAAGGAGUUCUAUGCCAGGGGCGGCAAGAGCAUCGAUCUCCACUUUGACUUGCAGCAUGGGUACGCCCGGCUCGCAAGCUCCCUUUCCCUGGACCAUGUCUUCGAUAAGGUGGACCAGGCAUUCAUCAAGCAUUUCAAGGUCCACGGCUACGCCGUGUUGCGGAACGCCCUCGGACCAGAGCGGCGAAAGGAGUUCAUCGACGGCUUCUGGCGAGCCAUGAAGAAGAUCCUUCCAUCCCGCCGCCGCGACCAGCGCGAGACUUGGCGCGUGCCUCACGGAUUCCGGGGCAUCCAGGUUGGCUAUGGCUUGUCCCAGAGCGAUGCAGCGUGGAUAGUCCGACUGACUCCACGGGUGCAGAACGCCUUCGCGGCCCUGUUCGAGGUGCUGUUCCUUCCCGAGACACAUGGUGCUGAUGUCUCUAAAUGA